GCGUCACGCGCUAACUGCUGACACAAAUCGGACGGCCCACUGGUCGACAAGUGUUAGUCGUCAAAAUGGUCACUUUCCGCAACGAAUCGCAUACUAGGUCUGCUUUUCUCAUUCUCGAGCUCCAGGAGUUUCUUAAGCUCUAGUCCACCAAAAUGGCCAAUGGAGGGACCGAUGUCAAGCAAGGCCCCAAAAUACUCCUGGAGAAGGUGCCACACCUCAAGAGCUUCCUCCCGGACUUGCGAUCCUAUCCCAACCCGCUCUACCAGAACAGUUACUUCCAUCCAGUUCCGGGGUUUUUCGUCACGGACAGGGAGGCCAUCGCCCAGAACAUCGUCAUGGACGUUGACAAGCCGGUCGAUCAAAACCAGCGCUACUUUGCUCGGGCAGGGCCUCGAGAGCGCGUCUUCUUCGAAGGCGAGGAAGUGAAAGUUGCCAUCGUGACGUGCGGUGGCUUGUGCCCGGGGAUGAACACGGUCAUUCGCGAGCUGGUGAACGGUCUGUGGUAUCAGUAUCACGUACGUGAUAUUAGGGGGAUUCAGGCUGGCUACCGGGGAUUCUUCUCUUCGGAGCACGUCCCGCUGACACCCAAGGUUGUGGAUCACUGGCACAAGCAGGGAGGAACCAGGCUGGGAACUUCCAGGGGUGGCUUCGACUUGCAGAAGAUUGUGAACGCGAUCCAGGAUCGAGGCUACAACAUUGUUUUCCUCAUUGGAGGGGAUGGAACUCUUCGUGGUGCUGUGGAAAUCUUCAACGAGAUCAAUAAGCGCUCGCUCAAAGUCUCCAUAGCUUGUAUCCCGAAGACUGUGGACAACGAUGUCGGCAUAAUUGACAGAUCAUUUGGUCUCCAGACUGCUGUGGAGGUGGCACAGGAAGCCAUUAGUGCAGCUCAUGUCGAGGCGGAAAGCACUCCAAACGGCGUCGGGCUUGUCAAGGUUAUGGGACGCUACGCCGGCCACAUCGCCGUGAAUGCAACGCUGAGCAGCAGGGACGUGGACUGUUGCCUCAUUCCGGAGAUCAAGUUCUUCACGCAGGGCCAAGGUGGACUCUUCGAAUUCAUGGAGCAGCGGCUGAUGGACAACGGGCACUGCGUCAUCGUCAUGGCGGAGGGUGCCGGGCAGGACUUGCUGGACGAGAACUUGAAGGAGUCGACCAAGGAUGAAUCCGGCAACGUCUUGCUCCGGGACAUCGGACUCUGGCUCAGCACCGAGUUCAAGAAGUGGUGGAAGGAGAAGCACCCGGACAAACUCUUCGCCGUCAAGUACAUCGAUCCGACUUACAUGGUUCGUGCCGUCCCAAGCAACGCGACCGACACUCUCUACUGCACCAUUCUCGCUCACUCGGCGAUUCACGGGGCCAUGGCUGGCUACACGGGCUUCGUCGCAGGCCCAGUGAACGGGAACUACUGCUACAUCCCUCUGGAGCUGGUUGCGGUGACCAAGAAUCCAGUGGACGUGAACAAUCCAUCGUGGGCGUGGGUGCGAUCGGUGAACAACCAGCCAGACUUUGUUCCUCCGGGCGAUGAUCGUCACAAGGCGCAAGAGAAGGCCGUCCAAGCCAACUUAACACAUUGAUGUGGUUUGGCACAAAAUAAAAGAGCUAUGUUCUUGUUUAGAACAAUAAGCAUCCAA